CGAUUUAUGAGAUUCUCCCAUUCUCCUUGUUUCACGAAUGGCUGAUGUAAUAGUGUCUGGUGUUUUAAUGAAUGAAUAAAUGUCACAUUUGGUUGUUAUAUUUUAAAUUUAUAAAAAAUAUACAGAUUCAUUUAUAAAAAAAGUGUAAAAACAUUUCUGUGUAAAAAUGACGGAAGAAGAAUCAAUUUUUGAUCCUACCCUCAAAAAAAAGAAAAAGAAAAAGAAGACAACAUUUGAUAUGGAGUCUGCCAUGGCAGAAGGGACCGGAGCAGAUGGCGAUGGUGUCGAUCCUAGUGCUACCGAUAAGGAGAACCAGGAACCGGCAAAGGUGGACAAUGAUAUGGAUGUUGAUGAUGGAAAUCUUGACUUAGAAAAUUUUGGAAAAAAGAAAAAAAAGAAGAAAAAGGCAGCUUUUAAUUUAGAGGAACUGGAUGGAGCACUUCCUGAUGGCACAGCCAGCAAGAAGGAUGACACUACUGAGGGUGUAGUGGAUGAUGAAAAUGCAAUGGAGGACAACUUUUCAUUAGAAAUCGAUUUUUCAAUGACAAAAAAGAAGAAAAAGAAGAAGAAGGAUAUAGACGAACUCGUAGCUGAAGAGGAAAAAGAAAAAGAGCAAAUGGAUAAAGACCAUGGCUGCGCUGAAACUGAACGUAAACUGGAGCCGGCAGAAGAUGACAGUCAGACGUGGGCCGGCUCAGACCGGGACUACACAUACGACGAGCUACUCACUCGUGUGUUUGACAUCAUGAGAGAUAAGAACCCAGACAUGGUUGCUGGCAAGAAGCAGAAGUUCGUCAUGAGGCCUCCACAAGUCGUGCGUAUCGGCACCAAGAAAACCUCUUUUGCCAAUUUCACAGAAAUAUGUAAAACGUUACAUCGGCAGCCAAAACAUCUGCUAGAUUUCCUACUCGCUGAGUUGGGGACAAGUGGCUCUGUGGAUGGCAACAGCCAACUGAUCAUCAAGGGUCGGUUCCAGCAGAAGCAGAUAGAGAAUGUGCUAAGGCGGUAUAUCAAGGAAUAUGUAACCUGCCAUACGUGCCGCUCACCUGACACCAUCCUGCAGAAGGAUACCAGGCUGUUCUUCCUGCAGUGCGAAACUUGUGGGUCACGGUGUUCUGUCGCGAGCAUCAAGUCUGGUUUCCAGGCCGUCACUGGAAAGCGUGCUGCGAUCCGAGCGAAGACUGCCUGAUCUCGAACUGGAUAAUUAUGUUGAUACUUGUGGGAUAAUAUUAAAUAUUACAGGCAAAUGUAAAUUUGUAAUAAUUAUGUUUCUAAACACCCUGAAAACCCUGCUCGCACUAGUGGUCGCUGUAUGCUGAAUGUUAUUUAUAGAACUUCAUAUAUACUGUUUGUCAAUGCAACUUUGUUUUGUAUUUAUAUAAUAAAUUAUAAAAUCGUAAUGUAUAAAUUAAUAAGUGAAUACACGUUUUGGUAACGAU